AUGGCAUCCCUCUUCCAGAUGGGCAUGCGGAGGGCCCUGCUGCAGCUGCCCAAGGCCAGCAGCAGCGCCUUUGUCUGCCGCCAAUGCCUGCACAGAGCAGCAGCGCCCGCCGUUGCCGCCUCCGCGCGGACUUCCACGGCCUCCGUCGCCGCGUCGCAGCCCUCGAUGCUGGCCCAGAUCAUGCGCUCCCGCGGCUUCGCGACGACGACCAAGCGCAAGACGAGUGCCGUCGCCUCCCUCGGCAGCGAGAUCCCCGCCAGCACGUCGACUGCCGCCGCGAGCAAUGCCGGCAAGAAGGCCUUCCCCGAGACCAACGCCCGCUCCGUCGGCCUGUGGCUGCUGGGCAGCGCCGUGAGCGUCUUUGGUAUCGUGGUCUGGGGAGGAUUGACUCGGCUCACGGAAUCUGGUCUCAGCAUCACCGAGUGGCGCCCCGUCACCGGCUCCCUGCCGCCCCGGUCCCCCGAGGACUGGGAGUCCGAGUUUACAAAGUACCGCGCCAGCCCCGAGUUCGCCCUGCUCAACCCCAACAUGACCCUCGACGAGUUCAAGAAGAUCUACUUUAUGGAGUGGUUCCACCGCGUCUGGGGCCGCGUCAUCGGCGUCACCUUCGUCCUGCCCGCCGUCUACUUCGUCGCCCGCCGCCGCGUCACGGCCCGCAUGGCCUGGAACCUGCUCGGCAUCUCCUCCCUCAUCGGCUUCCAGGGCUUCAUCGGCUGGUGGAUGGUGAAAUCCGGGCUCAAGGACGACCUGUUCGCGCCCGGGUCCCACCCGCGCGUCUCCCAGUACCGCCUGACCGCCCACCUCGCCACCGCCUUCGUCUGCUACUCGUGGAUGCUCGUCUCGGCCCUCGCCGUCCUGCGCACCCACCGCCUCCUCGCCGACCCGGCCGCGGGGCUCAAGGCCCUGACCGCCCUGCAGAACCCCGGCCUCCGCACCUUCCGCCGCCUCGCCGCCGCCCUGACCGCCCUCAUCUUCACGACCGCCAUGUCGGGCGCCCUCGUCGCCGGCCUCGACGCGGGCCUCAUCUACAACGAGUUCCCCAUGAUGGGGCAAGGGCUGGCCCCGCCCAAGUCGGAGCUCUGGUCCCGCUUCUACUGCCGCCGCGAGGACGGCAGCGACCUGUGGUGGCGCAACAUGCUCGAGAACCCCAGCCUCGUGCAGCUCGACCACCGCAUCCUCGCCGUCACCACCUUCACCGCCGUCCUGUCCCUGUGGGCCUUCAGCCGGAGGGCCCGCCUGGCCGCCAUCCUGCCUCGCGGCGCCCGCAAGGGAACCAUGGGCCUCGUCCACCUCGUCUGCAUGCAGGCCGCGCUGGGCAUCACCACCCUCAUCUACAUGGUGCCCCUGCCGCUCGCCGCCCUGCACCAGGCCGGCGCGCUGGCCCUGCUGACCGGCGCGCUCGUCCUGGGCCACCGGCUCCGGGUCCCCAAGUCCACGCUGAUGAUGAUCCAGCGGAGGUUAAAGGAGGCUGCUGCUGCUCAAGCCAAGAAGGCGUGA